AUGUCAGAGCAGAACUUACAUUUCGAGACUCUUCAGCUUCAUGCGGGUCAUGAACCUGACCCAACCACUAAAUCCCGCGCUGUGCCCAUCUAUGCCACCACCUCCUUCACCUUCGAUGAUUCCGCUCAUGGCGCCAGGCUCUUUGGCCUCAAGGAGUUCGGAAAUAUUUACAGCCGUAUCAUGAACCCCACCGUAGAUGUCUUCGAGAAGCGCAUUGCAGCUCUAGAGGGUGGUAUCGCUGCCGUCGCCGCCUCAUCAGGCCAGGCCGCCCAGUUCAUGGCCAUUUCAGCCCUCGCGCAUGCUGGAGAUAAUAUCGUCGCUACCAGCAAUCUCUACGGAGGCACCUACAACCAAUUCAAGGUGUUCUUCCCACGCCUGGGUAUCAAUACUAAGUUCGUCAAGGGCGAUGACCCUGCCGAUAUUGCGGCUGCCAUUGAUGACCGUACCAAGGCUGUAUUCUUGGAGACCAUUGGCAACCCGCGUUAUAAUGUGCCGGAUUUUGAGGCAAUUGCCAAGGUAGCUCAUGAGAAGGGCGUUCCGCUUGUCGUUGACAACACCUUCGGCGCGGGUGGUUACUUUGCUCGCCCCAUCGACCACGGCGCUGAUAUCGUUGUACACAGUGCCACUAAAUGGAUCGGUGGUCACGGUACCACUAUUGGAGGCGUCGUUAUCGACAGCGGCAAGUUCGACUGGGGCAAGAAUAGUGCCCGCUUCCCGCAGUUCGUCGAGCCUUCGGAGGGUUAUCAUGGCUUGAAGUUCUGGGAGACUUUUGGUGCCGCUGCUUAUGCCAUCCGGGUUCGAGUCGAAAUCCUGCGUGAUUUGGGCUCGGCCUUGAAUCCCUUCGCCGCGCAGCAACUGCUCUUGGGAAUCGAAACCUUGAGUCUGCGGUCGGAGCGUCAUGCCACCAAUGCAUUGGCUUUGGCUAAGUGGCUGCAGAAGAAUGAGAAUGUGAGCUGGGUAUCUUAUCCAGGUCUGGAGGAUCAUCCUUCUCAUGCUCUUGCGAAGAAGUACCUCCCGCGCGGCUUUGGUGGUGUUCUGUCCGUGGGUAUUAAGGGUGGUGCUGCUGGUGGUAGCCAGGUGGUUGAUAAUUUUAAGCUGAUCUCUAACCUUGCCAAUGUCGGAGACUCUAAGACCCUGGCUAUUCACCCUUGGUCUACGACUCACGAGCAGUUGACCGAGCAGGAGCGCCGGGAUUCUGGCGUGACUGAAGAUGGAAUCCGAAUUUCCGUCGGCACCGAGCACAUUGACGAUAUCAUCGCUGAUUUCGAACAGUCCUUCCGUGCCUCCAAGGCUGUGCUGUCGGACCGCACGGCUUGA